GGGGCGCCGGCUUCCCGCCUGGGCGACUGCUGCCGCUCCUGCCGCUGCUCAGCCUGGCCCUCGGAGAGGCCCGAGCGCCGGCAGCGGACGCUUUAGAUGUCUGUGCCACUUGCCAUGAACAUGCUACCUGCUUGCAAAGAGGAGGGAAGAAGAUGUGUAUUUGCAAAUACGGAUUUGUAGGCAAUGGGAGGACUGAAUGUAUUGAUAAAGAUGAGUGCCAGUUCGGAGCCACUGUGGUCUGUGGGAACCACACAUCUUGUCACAAUACACUCGGAGGAUUUUAUUGCAUUUGCCUAGAAGGAUAUCGAGCCACAAACAACAACAAGACGUUCAUCCCCAAUGACGGCACCUUUUGCACAGACAUAGAUGAGUGUGAGGUUUCCGGCCGGUGCAGGCAUGGAGGACGGUGCGUGAACACUCGUGGGAGCUUUGAAUGCUACUGUAUGGAUGGAUACUUGCCAAAGGGUGGGCCUGAGCCUUUCCAUCCAACCAGAGAUGCCACGUCAUGCACAGAAAUAGACUGUGGCACCCCUCCUGAGGUCCCAGAUGGCUAUAUCAUAGGAAAUUAUACCUCUAGGCUUGGCAGCCAGGUUCAUUAUGCUUGCAAAGAAGGAUUCUUCAGUGGCCCAGAAGAUACAGUUUCAAGCUGCACAGCCUUGGGCACAUGGGAAUCCCCAAAAUUAAAUUGCCAAGAGAUCGACUGUGGCCACCCUCCGGAAGUGCAGCACGCGGUCCUGGUGGGGAACCACAGCUCCAGCCUGGGCGGUAUGGCUCACUAUGUCUGUCAAGAGGGCUUUGAGAGCCCUGGAGGAAAGAUCACUUCUGUUUGCACAGAGAGAGGGAUCUGGAGAACAAGUACUUUGUCAUGCACAGAAAUAAUUAUAGAAAUUAAUGACGUGUCAGUGUUUAAUAACACUUGUGUGAGGUGGCAAAUAAACCAAGGAAGAAUAAACUCCAAGAUCAUAUAUGUGAUAUACAUAAAAGGACAACGGUUGGACCCCAUGGAAACAGUUCAUGAGGAGACAGUUAAUUUGACCACAGACAGCAGGACCCCGGAAGUGUGCCUAGAUCUGUACCAGGGCACCAACUACACCAUGCACAUUUCUAUUGCCUCUCCCAGACGCUCUGUGCCAGCCACCAUUGGGUUCCGGACAGCUGGUGAUGAUCUCUUAGAAGAUGACAGGAUUUUCAAUAUUUCAAUACUUAAUGAAGCUUGUUUGAAAUUGAACAGGCAUUCGAGGAAAGUUGGAUCAGAACGAAUGUACCAAUUUAAAGUUCUAGGUCAAAGGCGGUAUCUGAAUAAUUUUUAUCACGCAACAUCAUUUAACUUCACAACGAGGGAACAAACCGCAGUGGUGUGUUUAGAUCUGUAUCCAGCAACUGAGUACACAGUGAAUGUCACCCUCCUGGGAUCUCCCGAGCAGCACUCAGUGCAAAUAACAAUAACAACCGCACCAGCAGUAAAACAGACCAUCAGUAACAUUUCAAUAUUUAAUGAAACCUGCUUGAGAUGGAGAAGUAUGAAGACAGCUGAUAUAGAGGAGAUGUAUUUAUUCCACAUUUGGGGCCAGAGAUGGUAUCAGAAGGGAUUUGCCCAGGAAAUGGUCUUUAAUAUCACUGCCAGCAGCCAGGCUCCUGAGACGUGUUUGGACCUGAGGCCAGGUACCAACUACAGUGUCAGCAUCCAGGCUUUGUCUUCUGAACUUCCUGCGGUCAUCUCCCUGACAACGCAGAUAACAGAGCCUCCCCUUCCAGAAGUAGACUUUUUCAUUGUGCACGGAGGGCCUUUACCACGCCUGAGACUGAGGAAAGCCAAGGAGGAAAAUGGACCCAUCAGUUCAUAUCAGGUGUUAGUGCUUCCCCUGGCCCUCCAAAGCACAUUUGUUUGUGAUUCUGAAGAGGCUACCUCAUUCUUUAGCAAUGCUUCUGGUGCUGAUGGAUAUGUGACGGCAGAACUGCUGGCCAAGGAUGUUCCCGAUGAUGCCAUGGAGAUAUCUAUUGGAGACAGGCUGUACUAUGGGAAAUAUUAUAAUGCACCCUUGAAAAUAGGGAAUGAUUACUGCAUUAUAUUACGAAUCACAAGUGAAUGGAAUAAGGUGAGAAGAAGCUCCUGUGCAGUUUGGGCUCAGGUAAAAGAUUCAUCGCUCACGCUGCAGCAGAUGGUAGGCGUCGGGCUCGGCUCCCUGGCUGUUGUGAUUGUCCUCGCAUUCCUCUCCUUCUCAGCAGUGUGAUUGCCGAUGCUGCGUGAAGAGGAUGCACUGCUGCUGGGGCAGAUGUUAUGACAGCUUCUCAGGUGUCUGCACAGCGGCCCUGUGUGUGCGUGGGCCUGCGAUCCCAUUCCUGGAUUCAAGAUGGUGACUAUCUCUUUGAAAUCCCCCAAAAGGAGGACACUCGGGAAUUGUUGAUGUCUUCCCUGCUACACGACCAGUUCUGUGUCUCUGAACUUGAGAACCUUGAUGUACAAUGUAAUAUUGACCACAGGCUACAGGUCACAUGGACUGGGCCUGUGUUCUCCUCUGAGUGAUGCCUGAGAGUCAGCUCCUCUAGGCACUGAAUGCAAGAGAC